UGAAGGUAAGAUCAGUUGCUCUGCAGGCCUACAAUUUUCCAUCCGGGCUCGUGGCCUCGGAGAUCUUCCAGACCUACUUGCUUGCAACCUGUUCUCCGGAUGUCCUUUUUUCCAGUCAAGCCUUCUCCUUUUCUCAAUCUCUACCUCUUGAACCCCAGCGCGCAUCAGCUCUCUCAUUUGCAUUUGUUCAGUUGUGACGAGAAGUGUUUCGGAACGCCUUCCAGAACAAGGACACUGGAUGAUAAAAGAGGUGCACGGAGGAUGGCGCUUUUCUUUUUAGUUGUGUUCGUCAGGAGUAGUUUGCUCACUGGACGGUCAAUCAUCAAGGUAUGAACAGACAGGCACUUCGGACAUCACGACAGCAGCAGUGUUACCAUGGAGACUGGCAAGCAAGAGAUAAAGCAAGCACAGAAAGAGAAGACUGCUUACAAGCGCUCCGUGCCUGGGGUAUCAGUGCAGGCUAUCCUGGGGUCUUCUGCAGGCCAACAGGAGCCGGCCAAGCUCUGUCUUCCCAUGCCAUCAGUCUACUCCAAGGAGACACUUCCUUUCCUAACACUCCAUAUUGUUGGAGGACUACAGUCCCAGCCGGGAUUGAGUCUGGCAGCCGCUGCUCCGAUAGCCAAGCCAAAGUCAUCAGGGAAGAACGUGUGUCCUCACUGUGGACGUGACUGCAUGAAGCCUAGCGUCCUGGAGAAGCAUCUCCGCUGUCACACGGGCGAGCGGCCUUUCCCCUGCACCGUUUGUGGGGUUUCCUUCAAGACUCAGAGCAACCUUUACAAGCAUAAGCGCACUCAAGUUCAUGCCCGCCUUUCAUAUGAGUCAGAGCAAAGCAGCGUGGGCAGUCUGGAGGGUAUAUCCAGGGAUUCCUUGACCCCUGGUUCAUCUGUGGAUGAGUGCCCAGAGGAAUCGCUAAGACUGCAGCAGGAGGCCAAUAAUGUUGCUGAGAUCACCUGCCCUGUCGAAAAACACAAUGACUUUCCUGAUGAAUACCAUAAAACAGAAACAAAAUUAGAAGCAGGAGGAACAAAAGACAGGGAAAAACAUGGCACUGAGCAAGAACAACCUCUGCUGAACUAUAAUCGACACGUUCCUCUUCAGAGACAAGAGGCAACAAUGUUCUCCAAGCAGUGGAAGAACUCGGGAUGCAAAGUGAAAUCAAAGAGCCAUGACAGCAUUGACUCAGGCUUCAGCGAGGGCAAUGAUCGGUGCUCCACUCCAGCUGGCGUGAUGCCUGACCACCGUCUAGAAACCUUUGAAAGGAGUGGCACAGACCACUCUGAGGAACACAUCAACACAGCAGGGGGGCCAGCUGAAUCUGUGCGGCAGAAAGAACAGCAGGCACUGGAAGAGCGAAUAUCCAAACUGAUUUCACAAAAUACAUCGGUUGUGGAGGACAAGCUCCUGGAAAAUGUGAGGCCUCGUAAGACGGGUCUGUCGAAGCAGGGUAGCAUCGACCUGCCCAUGCCAUACACAUUUAAGGACUCCUUUCACUUUGACAUGAAGAUCAACAAGGCUUUGAAAGUGGGAUUACAAAGAAACAAAAAUGCUGGGUUUUAUCGCUCAGCACCAACCCAGUACUCCACAACUAUGGAGCAUGCCCCCUUAGUCCGAAGCAAUUCCCUCCAAUUCAGUGUUACUCCCCAACAGCCCGAGAAGAUCUGCUCAAAUGUUUCCUUUCAGAGUGAUUUCACGACACCUGCGCAGAGAGGACGCUCUGCGCCUGGCAAUCAGCAGUCAUCUGCUCAUCACCCACUGGUUCGCCAAGCCGCUAUAGACUGCAUCACCGCCACUGAAACUUGUGUCACAAACUCAUCUGUGGAGGAGGCAUCUUCUGCUAGUCUCAGCUUUGAUGGGGAUGACUGCGACAUUCACGGAGAGCAGAAAAAAAGAAAAUUCCAGAGAAAGAAAUCACAGAAGUUUGCUUACAACAAAUGGUACAUGUACAGGGGUGGGUCAUUCAAAAAGCUCUAUAGUCCUGAGAAAGCUGAAGAUGGGGGUGUUGGUAAAAGCAGGAAGAUGUCCUCAUCAAUUCAAGAGCAAAGUAUAUUGUCAUUCAUUACCAAAGAAGCAGAUAAGCAGGUACAUGUUGCAAAAGGCAAUACACAACUUUGUUAUUCAGAUUCUUCUCUUGCAAAGAACAUCCAUUCAGGUGUUAGUCUACAAACAGACAAUUUAAAAUCUACACUUAGGAGAAAUCUCUCUUUGUCGUCGUCUCCAUUGCUCGCGACUGGAUCACUUUAUAUGCAUACAAUGGACAACACUGAAAGAGGAGUAGACGAGAAACACAUGUGUGGGGAAUCUGACAGAAAAAAGCAGAGAACUGAGGAAAAAGUACUUUGCUCUGUGGGAAUGGAAACUGACCGACACACCUCGACUAAAACCCUUCAACUGAUCACUGAUGCUGUGCCUGAACAAACUGCAAAUUUCAGUUAUGUCAACGAACCAACAAAUCCAAUACAAGCGCAAGUGAAAAGAGAUGUCUUUUCUACGGCCACAGUGACUGAAGCACCGUCCCGUUCCUCUGCCAAGAACACCUUUCUUCCAAAAUACCAGCUCAAAUUACCAAACAGCGCAGAGCCCAACUCAACUCCGGUUGCUGGUACUGAGCCUUUAACUAUGCCGAAUAAAACCACCUCUGACCCACAAAGUGUUGCCACAAAAGUAAACCAGACAACUACUGUUGCGGUCAAAGCCUUUUCACAAGGCAACCCUACUCUUUUGUCAUACACACAUGCUUCAGGGACGUCCAGUCAGUUGAUUAUGGUAAACAGAUCGGAUACCACAACUUCAAGCACCACAACCACGCCAUGUAACAUUGUGUCACUUGAUUCAGAACAGCCGACAGGUCAGAACGUGUUUCAUGUUCACACAGCGGACCUCCAAAUAUGUCUACAAAUAAUAUCUGAUGAACAGCUGGCUCUAAUUGAACCACAGAUUGAGCAUAAACAGGGCAACACCUUCUGUCAGAGACAAGUUAUGGACAAAAUGGCUUCAGGGGUAAUCCAGAUAAAUUCCCAGCACCGUGUCUCCAGUGCCGAUGAGGGAGGGCAUCUUGUGCAGUCUACAUGUCCAAAGGGGUUUGAUCAAAAUCAGUCCUUAUCAAUGCCUCACUUGGAGAAGGGAAACCCUAUCCAUUUAGACGAGAUACGGACAGAACACAGUGUUAAUUCACUAGCUACGGAUUUAGCUGAAAUAGAUGCUCGAGAAGAUAGUCUGGUCGAGACAACCACAGAGGCUGUGAGCAGCGCAGACACCAUGUCAACAGCUAUUUCACCCAGAAAUGUAAAUCCAGAAGGGGGCCAACACUGGACAUUUCCUUCCUCAAGCACAGCAAGUCAGAGCUCUGUGAGAAGUGGAUUGUUCAAAGAAUGUCAUGCAAGCAUCGCAAAUACAAUAGAAACCAAGAGGGAACCUUGUGCACAAGCACAAGUGGAGCUCAUGCAGUCCACUAAUGUCGCACUUUCCAUGGAUCUAUCUCAAAUCUUUAAAGAAGCAGACAGACAAGUAUCAGUCUACACUAACUCAGGGGAAUUACCAUCACCACAGAUUCUAGCUUCAUUUAAACGUGCACACUCUGAAAGUGAUGGGGUGGGACAACAUGACGGUCCUUACCAGACACAAGGACAGACACCCUCACUGGACGGAAGAAGCACUGCGCAGUCAUUAACUAUCCAGGACAAAAGUAUCACACCCGUUACAGAUGUGCCUGCAAGUAUUCAGAGCCCGAUUGCAGGGCACGUGAGGGGAAGCAACAUGGAGGUCUGUCCAUCCCAGACGAAACAUCUGACACGUGAGCGAGACACCUCUGAAGGACCGGAGAGCGCAGGCUGGAGAAGAUUUGACAGCGCAGACGCAAACCACCGAUAUGUGGACAUGUCAGGGGGUGACACAGGAGACAGAAGAGGACAGAAGAAGAUGGAAGUCGAAACAUUGCCUGCAAGACGGUGGAGGACAGCUGUGUCUAAUUGCAGACACACAGAAGAUACUGUCAAUAAGGAACGAGAGGCAGCGGUCAAGGUGGAGUCCGAGCUUGCAGAGCAGCACGGUGGAAUCUCUGGACAAGAGCUUCAGCGAGCUACAAACACGGCUAACAAUGCUGAUUUCCAUGGGAACUUUCAUGUCAAGCUUUCGGAUUUUCCACAGCGAACAUUAGAAAUGCACAGCGAUUCUUUGUCGGAGCAACCAAACCUGCAAGAAAUGCAUUCAAGUCUGAUCGUGUCUGUCGAAUCGACACAAUCUUUGGUACAAAGUGAGGCCAAUGCCAGGCUAACGCAGACAUUACAAGACCAGAACGCAACCACGUCCGCUGAAAAGCCAAGCCCUAAUGUGGACGAUAACGCGGCGUCUUGUUUUUUUGUCAAAUCUGAAUUGCAAACUUCUCCACAGACACCAAAUCCCUCGACUGUUGCCAAAACCCAGCAGUCCACAGACAUCGGCCACGUUUGUCUAUGUGGUGACGUCAGUCCACGCCAUGCUAUGACAGGAGAAAAUAACCUUUUAGAAGGUACAAGUGUGAACCAAACUAAGACGUUACUGCGACCAAGAACUGAUGACCAAGACCAAGCUGCACCUGAAAGCUCGUUUCAGAGCAUCCACUCUCACGGAGACGCCGGCCAACGCCACACGGUCUUUUUGGUGGAUCCAGCGACCGAAUGCUGGUCCGGGGGAGCAAGACCUUUGCCGAGCUGCCAGGAGUACACAGAAGACACCAGCAGCAGUGACGAUGAAGGCAAGCUCAUCAUCGAGCUUUAAUCCGCAACGUCAACACCAACAUAUAGCAAAGGUGCAUGUCUUUGGAAGUGGGAGGAAGCCGGAGUACCCAGAGGGAACCCACGCAGUCACGGGGAGGACAUGCAAACUCC